GGCGGUGUAAAAUUGCUAUAUCUUCUUAAUUUGUUAAAAACAACCAAGACUAUGUCGGCCACUGCCUUUACGGUUCCCAUACAGCCUUACGCUGGUCCGCUGCUCAUCAUCAAGGAUCUCAUCCUGCCGGACGCAGCUCCUCAGGAUUCAAGCAAGUCUGCCAAUCCAGCCAAGAAGAAGCCCCGUGCCUCCUUCUUCGACCGCAGUGGCGUCCUAAAGAAGCUGGUGAAACAUUGGACCCAGAGCAACGUGGUGGAUGAGAUCUGCUUCGAGGACCAAGAAGCCCUCUUGGAUGCUUUUCUGGCCGCCUUGGAGACCUACAUGAAAUUCGUGGUCAAGAAGACGGUAGCACUGUGCGAGCAUCGAUCGGGCUAUCACCUUUAUAACGACGAGCGCUGUAAGAUGAACAACGAUAUGAGGACCACGAUGACGUUCCUCAACGAUCUGGAGAUGGCCGACUGUGGAUCCUCGGAUGAUGAUGCCGGAUUUUAUUACAAGCGUCGAAAGCAGAAUACCGAAAAGCAGGGCAAGGGGGUGCGUUUUGAGUCUGUGAAUGACACCGCCAUGUUGGCCAUCGGUGGACGGAAGCGUCCGGCGGAAGCUCCAGUACCGGAAGGUACUCCAAGCGAUCCGGGGGCUAAAGCCCCGGUGAAGAGGCCCUUUGGUAUGCGUUUCAAGCAUCUGAGCAUAAGGGAUGUACUGCAGUUCAUGGAGGAGGACAAGCGCUACUCUCGCUCCAAUAUGCUCCACGAAGCCUAUUUGAGGUACACGACCUAAAAAUGUAUAAUCAUGGAUUUGAAAAAAUGUUAUAUUAUGCAAUUUGAAUUAAA